GUCAUGAUGAGACAUUCAACACCUUGGGUACAUCACGUUUCGUAGGAAGCUGUUAUUUUAAGAAUUGCUGUAUCUGUUUAUUCUCGCUGAAGGAUACUUUAAACAUUAUAAAUCCUUUCGCUACAUGGCGAAAUUAUACGUCCUAGUAUUCGCUUUGUUGUGCUUUUCAACGUGCGACUGUGCAGUUCAGAGAGUUACAAAAAUAGGCAAUGGCAAACUGGAAUUUCCACCUAUUCCAGAAGUAGACAUCUCUUCGACUUUAACCUCGAAGUUUGAUGGCAAAGGUUUAGAACCAUGGUAUGAUGUUGCUAAAUCCUUUGUUCACACGGUACAAAAAGAUGACAUUCCUUAUGGUAUGUUGAAAUAUAUUUAUAAUUUGUGUCUUGAUUUUAUAUGUCUCAAAUUUGACCGUUUAUUCAGCACAUAUUUAUAACGUAUUAAUAUCUGAAGACGUGCGAUAAUAAUGCUGUGUUAUUUGACAUGUUUACUCGGGGUUUUUUCCCGAGCUGAGUGUCACAAGACCUUCCAGUAAUUAUUUAUAAAGUAGCGAUGUAUGUUUUUACAUGCAAGUUUGAAAGUAGUUUUUUUUGGGCACGCCAUAAACAUACGCCGUUGGGUGCUUCGGCAAUAAUAAUCCUUGUUGUACAAAAACACUUACAGGUAAAACAGUAUUUUGCUUAGAAUAUGCCUGUGUGUGAAUGAACUUGUCGACUCUCAGCUUGCACUCAACCACAAGUUCAAAACAACAGCGCAAAUAUCGUACGCUUCGUUGAAUGUGAAGAAUCUUUCAUACACUUUCUAGUUUCUAUAGACAAUAGUCUAGAAAUUAAUAAAUUACGACUAGGAGAGGUGCCAACACGACAUUAGAAAAAAUAGCCACUAGCAUCAGUUGGGAAUCUGUUACAGAUAAAAAAGUAUAUAAAUAUAUCACCGAUUCUAAGACUAAGGUCAUUUACAUGUAAAAUUUCCUGGGGUAUAAAAGUUUUGUGUAUUUUAGGAGUGCUGAAAGAUACCAUAGUAACUACUAUUAACAAAUAGGAGUUGGGUGACAAGAGGUCAAUUACUGUUUUAUUGGGGGAGGGGGUAAAUGCCUUUUACCCCCUAGAUUUGUAUUUUAUUAUUGCCUCUUCACAAGAAAAUUUUCAAAUGCUUUUCUCAGAGUUUUUUCUUCUGGUACUUUGGCUAAAGUUAAAAGAAUGUUAAAUGGAUAGGUUGGGUUACAGAUACAUAGAUGAGGAAAUUAAAUUUAUAUAGCACACUUUUUGCAACAAUAAGUAAUAUAAUUGCAUGUAGGUAGCUUCUAUAUAAGACAUUAGCUUGACUUAAGUCGUCUACUUCUGUUUUUGUUUCAUAAAUUUCUAACUGACAUCUAAAAGCUUUUGCCUGACCAAAGACCAUACAACUUAAAUCUGUCUAGAAUGCACAGAGAAAAUUACGAAAACAAUUGUUACUGCCAAUUUCUCAAUUUGACAGUAUAUUAAGACAGUUUUGUUCAGUUCACAGCAAGUGUUUAGUGGUCUCUUGAGGGGGCUGGGAAUAUAUAUAUAUAUAUAUAUAUAUUACAAAAAAUGAGCAUUUACAGUAUGUAAAAGAUAGAACUACUUAUACCAUACAGUAUAUAUGAUUCUUUUAGUAAAUAUGAAUAGAAAUUGUUAGCAGGAAAUAAGAGUAAUCAUUUUUAGGUCAAUACAAAUAUUGUAAUAUAUACCAGCUGUAUUAUAUUGGAUUAUAUUGUCACUUGCAUUGGAGGAAGUAAAAGCCUUGUCAUGUGCAUGUACAUGUAUUUUGAAACAAGUUGCACAUGCGAUGUUUGCUGUAAAGCGUUGAGAUAUUUAUUUAAUUAAACAAGAUAGUUUCACCAAAAAAUGUAUACUAUAGUUCACUAAAAUUAGGAUCUUGUCACUUUUGUUUACAUAUCUACAGUAGUCAUUUGGUCUCUAGAAGGAAAACUAAUUUUGUCUAUGUGUGUUAUGUAUACAAGCAAACAAGAAUUAGUUUAUCUGCAGUGUCAUGUUUUAAAAUUAAUAAUUAAUGUACUCUUAGUUAGUAUAGAGGUUCACACAUUGUAGCUUUUCAGCCAUAAAUUAGGUAUAAUAUUUUUACAGUAAAUGUCAGAAUUUAGAACAGGCUCUUAAAAAUAUAUAAUUAGCAGCUGGCCCAUUGAUGUGUUAACAUGUACUGUGGCCAUAAUAUUUUACAUCGGAUUGGGGGUUAUACAGCAGAAUUUUCUCAAUUCUUAAGAUCCGAUAUAAAUAAUUGGUACAGUAGCUUAGAAAUAUUGACAUUUCAGUUAUGUAGUGUUUUCAUAUUUUAUCCAAAAUGGCAAAAUGUUUGCAAAUGGACUUAAAACUAAGCUUUUACAUGCAUUAUGCAUUACUAAAAAUUAUGCAAGAAUCUAAGAGUCCGUUCCUUGUGCAAAUAAAGUUCAUUUAAGGUCUGUUGAUAGAGUCUAUAGUUCCCAAAUUCAGUAAAAUCCACUUUGCUUGUUUGUGUUAUUAUAAAGGACACAUUGCAGGUGAAUUAGUGAUAAAUUUCUACUAUAAAAGGGAGAAGUUUAAUAAGUUAUUUGUAGGAUUGCAUCCCGAGACCAAAACGCCACCACAAACAAAAAGUAUUAUAUAUUAUAUAGAGACAAUUUUCUUGCUCAGAACUGAUAAGUUCUGUAAUAAAAGAAGUUAUUUCUAAUUUAAAAGGCAAUUUAACCAGCAAUUUGUAAAAUACGAUCCAUGUUAAUUAAUAAUAGAAUUUAAACAUAAACAAUUCUGAACGUAUGAACUUGAUUGCUCCUAAAUUAAUGAUGAAUAUAUCUGUUCCGUAUGUCAAUAGAUAAAAUUUACCUCUUCAUGAAAGCAUUUUCGCGUAAAGGAUGUAAAAAUUGCAUGUUAAAAUACUGCUUUUGUUUAUUACCAGAAUAAACUCAUAAAAUUGGAAAUGCAAAACAUGCUAAUUUUAGUACUGAAGAAUUUUGUGGCCAUCUUGAGAUUAGUAAUUGUGUCUACAAGACCGUGUUUUUUUGAAGCUAAUUUACUACUAUUUUUAACAGUCCAUGUCUAACAGAAUCAAUAAAAUGUCUAUCAUGCGCCAUCUGUGUUCAAGUUUUAUAUACAUCCUGUAUUUUCUAUUUUCCUUUGUUUAUUUUCUGCCUGCAGUGUUAAAGAUAAUUUGAAAAUGAUGAACCAUGUCUGGCAGUGCCAGCAGCACCAUCGCAGGAAAUGUUCUUACAAUUUGCAGGAAAUUUUUGGAAUGCCAUAUUAUAUCAUGAUUUACUUAUUGUUUAAUUAAGAAUUCCAAAAGCAUUUUGCAAGUUGUAUGGACCUUUCCCCUUAUAACUAAAAUUUUGAUCUAGACAGGUCUAGACAAAACUUUCAUCACAGCUUGAAAGAGCAUCACAAAAUUAGUAAUAUUCCGAAGUUUCAUUGCGAAAUGUUGUAAAAUGCAGAUAAUAUAGCCCUGCGAAAUUUGCAAUUUUCAGUCAUUUUGUAUUACAAACGGAAAAUUGAUGCCCCAACACCCGAUUGGGCUGUCAAUUUCCCAUGCGUAAUAUGAAAUGACUGAAAAACGGCAAAUUUCGCAAGGCUAUAUUAUUCGCAUUUUACAACAUUUCGCAACGAAACUUUGGAAUAUUACUAAUUUUGUGAUGCUCUUUCAAGCUGUGAUGAAAUUUUUGUCCAGAUCAAAAUUUUAGUUACAAGGGGAAAGGUCCAUUAAUAAUUGAUUUGUGCCAAGAUCGAAGUUGGUCACAAUGUGUGGCGCCAUACAUUCUCUGAAAUCUACAUAUGCAGGAGGUUUUAUACUUGGACUUACACAGGAAAUUUGUUUUUGACUUUUCUGCCAGGAGGAGAAAUAUAUUUUCUAGGCCUGGUCAUGAUACACAAAUACAUUUUUUUCUACAUCUUGCAAUGCAAUUUUUAACACAGUGCACUAUUAGGGGUGCACCGGAACUCGGUUCCGGCCGGAACCCCGACUUUUUAGAGUUCCGGUUCCUGCCGGAACUAGUAAAAAAAGCAUGGCCGGAACCGGAACUCUGUCGUUUUCAGGGAGAUAGAAUAUCAAACGUUUUUGUGUCUAACAAAAGGUCACAGUAGGAAGAAAGUUGGACUACGCAAGGGAAAUGUAGACUAUUAACACUUCAUUAUGACGUUUAACGUUUGUCAGUCUUUUUAUUCUGACAUUUGCGAACUCUCUACUUGAUGAUUUGCAGCGGACAAAGUAACAUAUGACUAUAUAUGGCUUAAUAAAUUAGUUCCGGUUCCGGCCGGAACCGGUUCCGGCUGGAACUUAAAAAAACGGUUCCGGUGCAUCCCUAGCACUAUUACCAUGAAGAAAAAUAAUCGGCAGAAAAACGUGCCUGACUUGCAGGGGAAAUCCAUAGGAAGCAAUAUAAAGUUGGCAGAUUAGACAUCUUAGGGCCUACUAUAUAUGAUCCUGCUUGUAAUAUCAAUUCUAUUGAUAGUUUAUAUGAUCUUCCCUUUAUCUCUUGUCGGCAGGAUACCUUCCAUAUAACAUUUCUCUGUCUAUGAAAUUGCAGGAUGCAUAAAAACGUUGCCUUGUGUAACAUGGUCACAUUUUUUUUCACGCUCAUCACAUGACACAUUUUAAAUAUUUUCUAGAUGAUAUCGAGAAAAUGAAAGAUGGCGGUUUUGAAGUGGAAGAGGUUUGUUUUUGCAUGAUUCAUGCAAAAGUUUCCUUUUUUGAACAUAUCAUACUUAAGGAUAGUGCACUCUCUAUGAUACCACAAUUUGAUCCCAUUCAUUAUUUUCCUUGCGCGUUGUUUCGUACAUGUGUACAGUCCCGAAUUCAUGUGGUCCCAAUAUCAAUUCUGCUCUCCUUCCUCCACAAUAUGCUCUCAAACAAAGUUAUUUUUCCUCAACCUGGUCUACUUUAUAGCCUGGUUAUUUUCGAGUUAUGUUGUUGAAGAAUGAAAGCAGUGAUACAGUUAUCACUUAUUUACUGAGAACGAGGGAAACAGUGUGUUUUGUGGACCCGAGACUGUCGAUGUUUCCCGAGGCGAAGCCGAGGGAAACAUCGACGGUCGAGGGUCCACAAAACACACUGCUUUCCCAAGGUGUCAGUAAAUAAGUGUUUUAUUAUAUAGCAAUAGUCAAAGAAACAACAAAUUAACCCAUUGAGUCGCAUUGUGCCCUGAUGCGCCCCACUUUAUUAUUUUACUCUGUCUCACGCCAGACGAUUUUUUCUCAUCAAGAGGAGACCGCUGGCGCUCAAUGGGUUAACUGGCCUAUCUGAUCAUGUGUCUAGUUAACCCAUUGAGUCGCAUUGCGACCUGAUGCGCCCCAUUUUAUUAUUUUACUCUGCCCAACGCCUGACAUUUUACUCGUCAAGGGGAGAGCACUGGCGCUUAAUGGGUUAAAGAACAAAUGAACGUAAAUGCAUGAAAUAUUUUAUUGUUAAAACGUUAUAUUAAACACUGGCUACACUGCAGUUACUUAAAGCGAAAGUUUUAAUUACGUACUAGCCAAUAACUAGGCAUGUCCAAAGGUUGCAUCUUUACGUGAUGGCACACAUGAUUUUUUUUUGUUAUUCACUGGUCGAUAACGUAUUAUCUCCCUCUUGCGCUGUUGCGAGGGAAACAGCCUAAUUUCGUCACUCUCACAUGAUAUGUUCUCAACCAAUAAAACACUAGAAAAGUACGACUUUGACUAUUUAUAUAUAAUAAUAUAAUUUGGUCACAGAGCUCAGUUGUGUUGCCAUGUAAUCAAUAUACACUAUGUCUAGUUAAUUUGGAUGACUUAAGACUCCCUUGACGAUUCCCCACAGCCGCCUUUUUGCAUAACCCCCCUGGACGUACACCAUUUUGAGUAUUUCCCAGAGGGACUGCUUCUGUUUACGGUACUUGCUGAGUGACGAAUCAUGACGAAUAGCGCUUACACAAAAAAACAAUGGAGAUGGACUUCUGUAUAGUAUUCUGUGACAGUACUGUGGAAUAGUUCUGAAAGCUCUGACAGCAUCAUUUUCUUUGCAGUUUCUCAAAGGUUGGGAAAUGCCAUUCCUUGUUACCUUCGCGAUUGGACUGUUAUUUGCCCUCAUUGUACCAAUUGUUGGUUUUUGUUUUUGUUGCUGUCGAUGCUGUGGAAAUUGUGGUGGUGAAAUGGUCCAAAAGACAAACAGUAAAGAUGGUUGUAAACGUCUUGUCUAUGGAAUUGCUCUUAGUAUUAUUACCUUGCUUAUGUUGUAAGUUGAACAUACUUCUAUAUUAACACUAAAGAACUGCAUGAGCAGCCUAGAUGUUAAAUUUCACUACAGGGGCCAACUUAACUACAUGUAACUCUAUAAGCAUACAUUCUUCACAAAUUACAUGUAGAAGAGUUUUUGGUCUUUUUUGUUUUAGUGUUGGUUGUCUAAUGGCGUUUGUGUCUAACGAUCGCAUCACAGACACUGUGGAGAGCUAUAAAGCGACACCAAUCAGUGCUAUUCGUGAUUCUGAACAAUAUUUUAAUAGGACUCUCGAUGUAAGUGGUAGUUGGCUGUCAGGAAUUUAAUAAUUUUCAUAACCAUCAUUUUCACCAUUACCCACAUUUUAGUGUAAUUACGACCAUACUCUAAAAUUAUUACCAUAACUAUGAUAUCUAUCAUACCACUACCAUAACCAUCCAUACCACUACCAUCAAAACUAGCACCAUCAUUUGCAUCAUAACUUGGAUCAUAAAUGUACUAUCAUUACCAAAGAACUCUUCACCAUCAUAAUUAUACUACCAUAGUAUGCAUACAAGUACAGUACCGGUACCACAAUUAUCAUUAAUACACAAUGUUUAUGAUUCCCCCACACAUAACUACCACAGAACUCCUUCCACCAACAACAUCACUGCCACGAUUACAGUGAUCACCAUCAUAACUACGAUUACUAUCAAACAACUUGCAACACCAUCAUCACUACUACUACUACCAUGAGUACCAUGACUGCUGUAUAAAUACCAUCAUCACACAGCUACUGCCAUCACUACCAUGAAUACCCUAAUCAACAACCAACCUUACUACCGUUUCCACCAUCACAACUAGCAUCAUUACUAAACAACUCCACCAUCCUCACUACCAUUUAAACAGUAACUACCAUUGUUACUACCAUGAUUACCAUAACAACCACCAUAAAUACCACCACUAGUGUACCAUCAUCAUCUCUAUCAUGAUUACCAUAACGACCACCAUAAAUACCACCCUAGUGUACCAUCAUCAUCUCUAUCAUGAUUACCAUAACAACCACCAUAAAUACCACCACUAGUGUACCAUCAUCAUCUCUAUCAUGAUUACCAUAACCACCACCAUAAAUACCACCCUAGUGUACCAUCAUCAUCUCUAUCAUGAUUACCAUAACAACCACCAUAAAUACCACCCUAGUGUACCGUCAUCAUCUCUAUCAUGAUUACCAUAACCACCACCAUAAAUACCACGACUAGUGUACCAUCAUCAUCUCUAUCAUGAUUACCGUAACAACCACCAUAAAUACCACCCUAGUGUACCAUCAUCAUCUCUAUCAUGAUUACCAUAACCACCACCAUAAAUACCACCACUAGUGUACCAUCAUCAUCUCUAUCAUGAUUACCAUAACCACCACCAUAAAUACCACCACUAGUGUACCAUCAUCAUCUCUAUCAUGAUUACCAUAACCACCACCAUAAAUACCACCACUAGUGUACCAUCAUCAUCUCUAUCAUGAUUACCAUAACCACCACCAUAAAUACCACCACUAGUGUACCAUCAUCAUCUCUAUCAUGAUUACCAUAACAACCACCAUAAAUACCACCACUAGUGUACCAUCAUCAUCUCUAUCAUGAUUACCAUAACCACCACCAUAAAUACCACCACUAGUGUACCAUCAUCAUCUCUAUCAUGAUUACCAUAACAACCACCAUAAAUACCACCACUAGUGUACCAUCAUCAUCUCUAUCAUGAUUACCAUAACAACCACCAUAAAUACCACCACUAGUGUACCAUCAUCAUCUCUAUCAUGAUUACCAUAACAACGACCAUAAAUACCACCACAUAGUGUACCAUAAUGUGAUUGUUUAUGUGUUUUUAUGUGAACAAUUAUGCUAUGGUGAACAGUUAUUCUAUAGUCAUGUUUUUGUGGAAUUUGUUGCUUAGUUAGUUACACGACCACAUCAGCUAUGCUGUAAAAUUAUCGUGUUAAAAUAAAUACUUUUAUUAUUAUUAUUAUCACUACCAAUCAUCACCACUACCAUCACUACCAAACAAUGUCAACCACUAACAUCAUGAUCAUGUUCCCAUGGUUACCAUGACUACCUCCAUACCUACCAUCACUGUCACAUGACACCAUCAUCACUACCACAUGAUCACUAUAGUAUCUUGACCAUGAGAACCCAGACAAUCUGCUUGCAUCACCAUCAUCAUUGUCAACACCACUUUAAUCGCCACAACCACCUUUAAAACCCGGUACCAACACACAAACACCACCAUUAUUUUGCUAAUAAUUUGCUUCAGGUGGUGACAGGAACUGUAAUCAACAAUGUAGUGGAUGUUCUUGACAUUAUCGUCGACGAUGUUAUAAAACUACCGGGAGAGAUUGCAAAUAAAAUACUGACACAACUGUCGGAUACUGUGCGAGUACCACUUAACAGUGUGGUCAAACUUGGAAAUGGUUAGUGUACAAUUCUGUCGUGGACAUGUUUACGCUCAAAUUGUUGAAUCUGGCGACAAAAGUUUUUGAAAAAGAGCAGUUUUAUUUAUUUACCAAAGCUUCCAAUCCCGGUAAAGCUUUGGACCCCGGUCAAUCAAUAUGCUUUUCCUUCGUGAUACAAUUUGCAGUCGCUCUUUAUUCUUCAUCCUAGAUAAGCUCAACUAUUUUAAAGUUCCGCGGGCUAACGGAUUGGGAGCUUUGCCAAUUAAGGGCAACAGAACUUUUUGUAUUUCACAUACAUUCGCGGAUAAAACCAUAACCUCCGUGCGGAGGUACAGUAGUAAAUGAAUAAAUAGUGAGCUUAUGCAAGCGACAUUUUUGUCAACACGGACUAAUUUUGGCGACAUUUUGCAGCACGGCGCUCGUGAAAGAAAGCAAAUAACUUUAAAAAUCUUAUGUUUUUGUCAUAUGUGUUGGAGAUUAGGGAGUUUACGAUCUACGACGCGGCCGGCUCGACGACGCGCUUUCAAAACAAAGAAAUUUGGUGUUUCCACAAACAAUAGUAUUAUGUGUUUUAUCGCCAUGCAAACCUACAAAGAACUUACAAAGAAAUUUGUCAUGCAAGACAAAAACUGUCAAUAAUUUGUGGUCCCAUGAGUAUUGUCAAACGCGUUGUCAUUCUCAACACAACGUUAAAAAAGCAUUUUUACGUCUUUCAGGCAACGCGAAAGCUUAAUGCGACACAAGAGGUGUUACUAAAAGUCGAAAUUACAGCAAACAUUGCAUUGAUUUAGCCGAACAUAGCAUUUUGUAAGGUUAUUUGAAAGAGUCAAAUAUUUAUUACAGUAAUCGAAUUGCUUAGCGCUCAUUCUUGAGCUAAAAUUUAGAGCGCGUCGUUGAGCCGGCCGCGUCGCAGAUCGUAAACUCCCUAUUAUCACAAACUGACACAAAGACAAUUUUUAAUCCAAUCUGACGUCCGUGUUGCUCCCUAAUAAAUAGUAUAUACAGUGAUGUUUGUGAUGUUACUCUGAGUGUGCAUCCACACCAGGCAAGCUGAAAAGUUAGCUUGGCCACGGUGGGAAUCGAACCCGCGACAUUUGGGAUACUAGUCUAAUUCCUUCGAUUUCAGUGUAUUCUAUAUGAUUAUUUCUGUGCGUGUUGGUGUUAUGUACUCAGUAUCCCAAAGUUAUGUACUCAGUAUCCCAUUGGACUAGUAUCCCAAAGGUAGCGGGUUCGAUUCCCACCGUGGCCAAGCUAACUUUUCAGCUUGCCCGGUGUGGAUGCAUACUCAGAGUAACAUCACAAACAUCAUAUUCACCUGAGUACAUAACACCAACACACUCAAAAGUAAUAGUAUAUAUAGGUACAUGUUUUUUUCAACAAACGAUUUGUCAUAUUCUCUUUAGAGACGAAGCGUAUGGGCGAUUUGCUGAAAGAAAUAAACAGCACUACAAACGAAUUGCAAUCAAGAUUUGAAAAACUGAGUGACGAUAUUAAUAACGUCAACACCAAUUUAAGCAGGAUUUGUAAUCCUUCGUUAUGUCCUGGCAUAAACUAUAAUGACUCUCUAACCACUGGGGCCAACUUUUCUGCUUUACCUGAUGUUCAAGAACAGUUGAAUAAUAUUGCUGACAUUAAUAACGACGACUUGGCAGGGAAAGCUCUGGAGGUUUGUUUUAAGGACUCUUUCAGUUGGUCCCUCUCUGCCUUCCACCCUGUCCUGAAUAAUUAACAGUAACUGUAUUCUGCGCACUCUAGUCGUAUAUGAAUGAUACCCGACGAGGUGCUAUCACUGUAUCAGUCAUAUACGACAAGAGUGAGUAGAAUAAGUUAUAACUGUUUUAUUAUAUAGACAACUGCUGCAUUUACAGACUUUUCAGUAUGGCAAUGCUUUGACAGUUAGUUUGGCAAUCCACAUGACUUGGCAUAAACUGAGAAAACAUUUUUUAUAUAUUUAAGAUUUUUUACAUGCUUGUUUACUUUUUUUCUAUAAAGAGUUUAAAUUUUUCAAAAAAAAAUAUCCUGUUCAUUUUUUCAUCGUUGCUCUUUCAUCAUUAUUUUCUCUAAAAUAUAUUUUUUAACCAGUUAAAACAUUGAAAAUUUAUUUUAUUCUGGUUUGGUUUUUUUAUAAACUAUAAUUUUUUUUGAAAACUUGCUUCGUAGUCCAUUUUCGUCCUAAAAUAUUUUGAUCGAAAAAUUCAUUAAAUCGAACGAGAGUCGAGGAAAAAAUGGUACAUUAAAGUCUUAUUGGUAGAUCCCAGGCUCCGAUGCAUUUAAAUGCAAUAUGCGGACAGAAAACGGAGAUUUUGUUGAAUUGAUUUUGUUCAUGUCUUGCAAAGACGUUUGAAAUUCAUUAAAGUUGCCAUUUGAACAGUUUAAUGUCACUUUUUUGGAAAAAUUCAAACGAUCGCAUAAUAAAUAGUGUUAACAAUCCGGGGGGUGAUGGCAUGAUCGCAUCUGAUGUCUAUUUUCAGAACAUAUAAAUAUUAAAAUGCAGUGGUGUCAAGUAACGAAGUAAAUGUACUUCGUUACUGUACUUGAGUAUUAUUUUUGAGAAGUGAGCAUGUAACAAAGUAAACUUUUUCUGGAGUACUUUUACUUGGAACGAAGUCAUUUUAAGGUUACAGAACACCUUUGAGUGUUAAUUUUGACUAAAAUUUUUUUAUUGGUUUCCAUGAAAGCAUUAGACCAGUUCUACUAUCUGACCAAGUUUGAACGAAAAAUGUUGAAAACUCGCAGAGUUAUUUAAUAAAAUACAUUUCGCUGCAAUAAGAAAAACAUUGAAAAUGUAAUAUUCAAAUUCAAUUUUCUCCCGAAGAAUUUACGGUAAUUACUGAUUUUCAAACGAGUUGUGCUCCUGCGGGUUUUGACCAAUUUUUCUCAAAUUUUCACAGGACAUAGCUAAAGACGUCAGUUUCAAAAUUGUGCUCGGCUUUUCUUUAAUUUUCGAAAUUUUGAUAAUAAAGAGCAAUUCACUCAAACAAUUCAGAAAUAUAUUGCAGUCGUCAAAGAAAUCGCCAUAUCAGCGGAAUGACGAAAUAAACAAAAAAUUCCGAACACGAUUUUUUAAAACAACUAUUUUACUGUAUAAAAAUGAUAUUUUCAUAAAUAUAACUUAAAACCAGCAGGAGCAUAACUCAAAAGCGUAACGGUACCGCAAUUUAAGAUUUUCCUGAAUAAUUCUUAUAUUAUUUUAUUGUUUGUUAAUUUUACAACUUUACCAUAUUUUGCAUACACUGGCGAACAUUUUGUGAAAAUUUGAUUCAAAUCGGACUGAUAUUGAGCGCGCAGUAGCGAUUUUCCGCAAAACGCCAAAAAGGGUGUCCUGUAACCUUAAGAAGUAACGUUUUACUUCGUUAUUUUCAUUUUGUGUGUGGCGAAGUAUUUCGUUACUUUCUAACUUUUGUUUAAUUUUACGUGAUUUAUUUCUGAUUUAUUUUAAUUUCGGGAUGCGUGAUACGACCUCUACAUGCGUCUGGGAUCUCUCGUUUGUGACUUACUUAUAAGCAUUAUUUAUUUGAUGGAUUUCUUAUAUCUUCAACGGAGUCUGGAAAGUAGACCAUGCCGUGAAAUAUUGUAUAUUUGGUGCACGCAUAUAAUGCGUGUGCUGUUUUGUGUCUUUUGUAUGUCAAUCCAUUGGAGAAGUCCCCCUCCCCCUCUACACGCUACAGACAAUAGUAGGAUAAGGAUACUUUUUACUUAAGUACGUUUUGACUCCAGUACUUUUUACUCUUACUCAAGUCGUUGUAUUGUUAAUUACUUCUACUUUUACUCGAGUACAAUUUCAAAGUAAUUUAGGCACCACUGUUAAAAUCACACAUUAAGAUGUUAUAAUUUUUGGUACUGUCGCCCGUUUUUAUGUGUUUUCCUGUCUUUUAAAUGGAGAAAGUUACCUAAAGUCUUUAUCAUAUAAAGUGAAUUUUAUUCUUAUCAGUGGAGUUUGGAGCGAAUUCUAAUAGACUAAUACUAGUAAUAGAUUGUGCGAAUCCUAUAGGAUCAGUACGGAAGAUCAUAGACCCUUGUAUUCCUUGAGUUUCGCCACAAAUUAUGCGAUGUUUUUAAAUCCAAAUUCAAGAUAUUUGCGAUUUCAUCAAUACAGUAGCUAUACUAAUGUGGUGCAUAUAUUUCACUGAAUUUACAGAGUGAGUAACCUGCAAUUUAUUUUUAAUAUUAUGAACUGCUGCGGUAAUAUUGUUUGCACAGCCGAAAUUCUUAGACAAAACAAUUAAAUUAAAACAUGCACUAUUAAAAUUUGUACCCUUAUUUCAUUGGCUUGAAAGUAAUAACUUUGCACUGUCCUUGGGAUCUCUGAGUUGCUGACUUCUAGUUCUAACACCUUCUUUUCAGCCCUAAAUCUUCCUAAUUUGUACGACCCUUUGAAUAGGUGACUUAGUUUUGUUACAAUACUUUUAUUUUAGGGUCUCAAUGAAUUUGAAAAUAUUGCUGAGACAAUAGAAGAAAAAAGCAGAUCUGCUAUUGAUGGUAAGUAUAUGAAACAUUUUCGACAUAAGUUGUGAUUCUUAUGUUGUAACCAAUUUUCGCGGCGUUGUGGCAUUUCGCCCAAUACUAUAGAUUCCCUUCAUUACGUUUUCGUAGCGCUUUGCAUUGUGGUUACAGUAGUAUCACUGAUAUUCAAGAUGGCUUAUUUUUUGUCCUGACCCGUGCAAGAUCUUUUAAAAAAAGCUAGGGUCAGGUGCGCGAUAGCCAACAGCGAAAUAUUCGCGAAAACAUUCAAUAUUUUCAUUCGAGGCCGCUAUCUUUAUCAGUGAUACCACUAUAACCACAAUGCAAAGCGCUACGAAAAUGUAAUAAUGGGAAUCAUCAAUUGGUAAUUGCAUUGAAACCCCUUAAAAUAUGUUGUUAACCUACUGUAAGUUAAAUCUUACAACAAACAAUUCCACAUGUUCAGUGCAAAGACUAUCCAGUCGUGGUAGCCGGUUGGUCUAGGUUUUAUAUUAGACAGACCAUAUCUUUGUCAUGUAUAUCCAAUACUUCUUUUGCUCACACAGGGAUGUAGCUACCGGGGUUAGGGUGUAAUAAGUAUUAAUGUAUUAAUGUUCUUUACUUACAGGUAUAAAAAAUGAGACAGAAAAUGCAAAGAACGAAUUUCUGAAUAACAUUCAAAAAGAUGUUGUUGACAAAGUGAAUGAGGUACAUUUAAACAACUGCAUGUUGGUUAGUUCGUAUCCAGAAUCUAAAUAGCCUUGCAUAGUCUGUGUCUGAGCCACAUGAAAGUAUGGAGUAUGGAACACGUACAAACGUUUCGACAUUCCUAACCUUCCGACGAAUUGCCUUCUCUUGAAUAGUCAAAAGAAAAUAAAGUGGUAGUUCGCUAUAACCAUAGACAGGGUGCAGAGGGUGUGCAACCCCCCCCCCCCCAAAAAAAAACCACCAAAAAAAACAUCUCAAAAUUUCAUGGGGCAUGGCCAAUCGCAUGGCCACUAGCGACUGUGCCUCCAAGAUCCCUGCUGGAUCUUGUUCGGCUGUGCCCCCCUUGCUCACCUCCCCUCCUGAAUUUUCGUAUGAUUUUCGGCACUCUCCCCAGAGCAAAAUCCGAAAAUCGGUCUAUGGCUAUAACCACUGAGGCAUUGUUGAGAAUGCCAAAUGUUGAGAAGGAUUUGCAGGCUGAAUUGAACUAACACAAACGAUUUUUGCUGCGAUUUUCUUCUGAUGGAUGUUAACGAGUGGAUAAGUUAUGAAUGUUUAGAUGAGGGUAUAUGUACUCCGAACUCAUCUGCUCGUUCACAUGCAUCAGAAGGAGAAAAUUGCCCUAGAAAUCGCAGCAAAAAAUUGUAAACAGGCCUUUAAUUCGCUGGGGGUAUGCAGUGUGACACUGCCAGUGUCUGAGUGCCCACGUCCUCAGCUUGUUAUAUGAAUUACUAUGUAUAAUAUUUAUUGCUCUUUAGCAAAUACUAAACAAAACAGAUGGUUGGGUGAAAGAUAUUGAGGAUGCGUUUGAAGAUCAGGUUGAACCGUACGACAGAUACAGGUAUUGGAAUCUUUUAUCUCUGGAUGUAAAGGUGAUGUAAAGUCCGUUCUGCGCAUACCUUCUGCGCAGGCCUACAUUCCAAUGGUCGGGACCCGACCAUUGGAAUGUUGUUAAUAUUUCGCACCUUCCAAACUUUCUUGAAUUGAAUCUCUAGUCUGUAUUAAUUUACAAGCGUAGCGAACCAGAGGAGUGUUAAAAAUUCAGUAUACUGUAAUAUAUAUCUAAUCAUAUUUUACAACUGUAGCACUGAGUUCAAAAUGUAAACAAAGCGUUUGUUUACAUUACGGACUUUACUGCACCUUUAAAUAUUUAUCGCUUGCUUAAGCCACUUGCACACUUUACGAUUUUUGUCGGCCGAUUUAUGCAGAGACGGAUUUUCUUGUUUUCGUUCGGGUGUGUGUGUGUGGAUAAAUAUCUGGGGGCGGGGUGCUGCUGCUUGCUUUGGCCGGGGCGUGGUGGCAACGCCGGGAAAGGCCAAGGAAAAAGUUUAACAAAAUUUGUUUUCUAGGCUUGCAUGGCGAGAUCUGAGACCAUAAUAUUGGUAAUUUUACAAAUUUAGUAGCAAGAAUAAUCAAAUCUGAAACUAUCAAAUCAAAAUAUAUGUAAUUUGCGGGGGUGCCAAAUGCCUUUGGGGGGAGGCUGCAAAUCAUUUCUGUGGAGGUGCGCACCCCCCCCAGAAAAUCCGUGCCUGGAUUUAUGGUUUCGAUGCGUGUUGAAAUGAAAAACAGUCAGUGGUACGAUCUGCUUGCUUUUCAAGCUGGGAGACCCAGCUGGGAGACCCGGAUUCAAUCCUUGGUUGGACCUCUAGUCAAGGUCUUAAAAUAAUUGAGGAGAAAUAGCUACCUUUAAAUUGACAUCAGUAAGAUGUAACUUGGUUAGACUUUCGCGUCUUAAGGAGAUUAAAUCGUAGGUAUUUCAGAUCCCCUAUCAAUGGGUGAUUCCAGUUAUAGACUAAGUUUUAAUCAAGGCAGUAAAACUGCAUCUUAGAAUGAGAGACAGCUAGAAAGAGCGUCUUAGAAUGAGUAUAAAACUGCAAAGAUUCGUUGCUACUGUAAAUGUUGUAAAAUGAAGAAAAUAUAGCCCUGUGAAGUUCGCAAAUUUUGUAUAUAUUUGUAUUACGCGCGGUAAAAAUAACCACUUUCGGCUCAAAAAUGGUUAUUUUCCCGCGCGUAAUACAAAUAUAUACAAAAUUUGCGAACUUCACAGGGCUAUAUUUUCCUCAUUUUACAACAAUUCGCAACCAAACUUUGCAAUUUUACUCAUUUUAAGAUGCUCCUGGCUAUGGUAAUGGUUUCGUUCUUCUUGUCUGGAUCAAAAUUUCGUCUAUAGUUGAAAUCAAUAUCAUCCAUUGGGCAGUAGCCUGUUGUGAAAUCCACUCAUCAAUGAGUGAGAAACUCCGUAAACUCAAAACUCAUAUUCUUUGCUAAACUUACAGAUACUAUGCUGGCGUUGGCUUGACCUGCUUAGUUCUCAUACCUGUCGUUUUAUUGGCGUUGGGUUUGUUGUGUGGUAUAUUUGGACAUGACAAAGAUGUCGGACCAACAGACCGUGGAGCAAUUUCCAAUAUGGGUGGAAACUGCUUGAUGGCGUAAGUUCUUGUGUUUUGUAAGUUACAACUUACAAUCUUUGAAGAAAUUGCCAUGUCUUAAUGAUUGACAUCUGUUAAUUGUGACAUAUAUUCUUUCUUUAGAGCUGUUGGUUUCAUGUUUAUUUUCGUGUUGUUCCUCAUGAUUUUCACUGCAAUCUGUUUCAUCCUCGGGGGUCAUUUCGAGAAAGCGUGUUACAGUAUCAGAGAAGAAACAAUCUACAGUGAUGUAUGUUCUUUAUCAUUUGUUUUUAAAUUUUAUUUUAUUUCACAAGAUUUGCCACACACAAACAUAAAUACCACUAAACCAUUUAACAAUAUUACAUAAUUUACAUACAGCACAGGCAGGCACUGACCACAUGAAGAGUUGAUAGGGACCUUUAGCAAGCAGGACGGCGACGGUUAUUAACACAAUGAAAUUUAUGACAGUGUAGAAAGAAAAUGCAUAAUUAAAGGUCCCAUGGGAGUUUUAGACGUCGUCCUUGCUCUGUUUACAACAGCAAACCAAAGAUUUUCAUGUUUUGUGUACAACGUCUGCCUUUCAAGCCGCGAGAAGUCGUCCUCGCCAAAUUGGCUUAGUAGAAGUCUUCUCAAGUAUAAACCUCUGUCUUAACCUUCUUAAACUGCAAUAAAUUGAUACAACGGAUAAUACAAGACAUGUUGUUCUUAAAGUUUAAUAUACUUAUUUGAACGAGUUUGUUUUGGCCGUCGUUGUCGCGUUCCCGUCACCUAUUUGCUAAAAUCUCCAAUAACGAGGGCCCAAACAAUGCAUCUACUGUACGUAAUUAUUGUCUUUGGCUAACUGUCAACAACAUGUUCUUACAGAAAAAAGUGCGAGCGAAAACCAUUUGUUGGCGUACCUCUCCCCCGCCCGCCCCCCUUGUUCUAGUUUCCACCUAUCUUAAUAGAAGUGGAGGUUUCUGACUAUCGUUAUUGAUAGCCUCACCCCCCCUUCCCUGCUGCCCUGUCCUACCUCCCACAUUUCAUCAUAUUUUGAUUUUGAUCCAGUGUUUUCAAAAUUCAAACUGCUGUGGUUUGUGUGAACUACGUGAAGCGGGCCCUUCGCUUUUUACAUCUUUUUCAGGCAGUUCAGACACAAACCACCACAGCAGAAUACUAUACCUGCACUGCCCCCUUCCCCUCAAAAUGAGUGUUUGAAAGUUUUCCUUUAUUAUUCUACAGUUUCUUGAUAAUCCUAAGUUUUGGAGUGGCGAAUAUAUCUUGGCUAAAGAAUUGUAUAAAAAUGGAUCAAUUGAACUGAAAAUUGGAACGAUUCUCUCGUAAGUGCUUAGUUGAUUUCUAAGAGUAUUUAUGGAUUCCAUUGACAACGGGGGACCCCGUGAGGGAGGUGGAACCCCGUGAGGGAGGUGGAACCCUGCCUUUGACCCCAAAUCGAUAGGGUUCAAAAUUUGAGAGGGUUCCAACAAUGGACCAUUCCCCCAAUUAACCAAAAUGUUGAUCUAAACAAGUCUAGACAAUUUGCCCCCAAAUAGUCGCGUUCCCUUUUUUUUACGGAAUUAAGAUUACAAUGCCUCCUCUAGUGUUAUUUAUAAUCUCUAUGGUUUUAACGGUAAUUCAACUUUUUAAUAGACUACAUUCUCACGAGACCGGACGGAUUCGAAACCCGACACGAAUGGACCCUAUUCCCUAAUGAACAAAAUUUUGAUCUAGACAAGUCUAGACAAAAAUUUCAUCACAGCUUGAAAGAGCAUCACAAAAUUAGUAAUAUUCCAAAGUUCAGUUGCAAAAUAUUGUAAAAUGCAGAUAAUAUAGCCUUGUGAAGUUUACAAUUUUCAGUCAUUUUAGAUUACAAACGGGAAAUGGUUACCACUUCUGUGCGUAAUACAAAAGGACUGAAAAUUACAAACUUCGCAAGGCUAUAUUAUCCGCAUUUUACAACAUUUUGCAACGAAACUUUGGAAUAUUACUAAUUUUGUGAUGCUCUUUCAAGCUGUGAUGAAAUUUUUGUUUAGGCUAGUUAAGAUCAAAAUUUUGGAAAAGUGGUAACCAUUUCCCGUUUGUAAUCUAAAAUGACUGAAAAUUGCAAAUUUCGCAAGGCUAUAUUAUCCGCAUUUUACAACAUUUCGCAACGAAACUUUGGAAUAUUACUAAUUUUGUGAUGCUCUUUCAAGCUAUGAUGGAAUUUGUCUAGACUAGUUGAGAUCAAAAUUUUGGUUAAUUGGGGAAUGGUCCAUUGGCGAUCGUUCAAAUUGGGGUUGUGGUAGACUCCCUUUCAACUUUGAGACUUCGUGCUGGGGUGCUGCCAAAUGUAGCACUGCAUCAUGCUCUUGCUGUUUUGAAAAAAUGGACCCCAGGAAAUUUUUUUGUCCCUGGCAAUUGCCCUGUCUUAUUUAUUGUUCGUAGUUUACGUUUAUACACAGGGUAAAAUAGGCUGUCCAAAAUUGCGGUAACCUAAUCUGGUUUACCUAAAGAAAUCUAGUUACAAUAAAUGAAACCCUAGAAACAGUAAAUGUAUGUGUUUUAAUCAGUCUGGAUCUGGACUUGCGCAAUUUGCUUCCCACCACUAGACAGAAUUCACCAUGCGGAGCGGAAUCUGCUCGGACAAAGAAAGACUUCCGGAUAACUUUAAGGCACAGUUCAGCCUCUUGAAUGAUGGUUUUUAAGGAGCAUUACAAGCCUUUUAAUUGAAAAAAACUAACUAGGAAAAUCAAUUAAGCAUAAUUCAAGAUCAGUGAUUUCAAUGUUUUUACCAUUUUACCGUUUUGAAAAAAAUGCACCACAUGAAAAUUUUGUCCCUGGCCAUGCGAUUGCCCUGUCUUAUUUAUCGUUCGUAGUUUGCGUCUACAUUAUACACAGGGUAAAAUAGGCUGUCCUAAAUUGCGGCAACCUAACCUGGGUUACCGCCACAUUACCGCAAACUUAGUUUUGCGGUAACCUAAUCUGGUAUACCUGAAGAAAUCUAGUUACAAUGUGUUUUUUGUCAGUCCGGCUCUGGACUUGUGUAAUUUGUUUUCCACCACUGGACAAAAUUUACCAUAGGAGCGGAAUCUUAAAUCCGCGCGAAGCGGAAUUUUUCUUUGUCUUGCGAUUUCUCAGGUGGAACUAAUUAGAAAAGACAAAGAGAAAUUCCGCUCCGCGCGGAAAAUUGCGUCUAUAGUGGAAAACGGCCUAAUGUACGCGCGCUCUGUGUUUAAUAAGCAAGUGCGUUUCUUUUCUUCGGUACCAGUCCAGUUGCUUUAGUAUUCUUGUCAGGGCCGCCGUGAGGGGGGGAAUUGCCCCAGGCCCCGAGGUACUGGGGGCCCCUGAAAAUUUUUUGUUGGGCCCCAGUCUUUUUUGUGUGUUAAAUAUUUCCGCGCAAAGGACAAGAUAUCUGUUUUAUUGAGAUAAGUACCGAAAUUUUGCAUAAAAAAAUGAGAUAAAGUCCCUGGAAAGCAAUAGCAACGUACUCGUCCGGAAAAAUUUUUUACUCCGGAAAAUUUUUUUACCCCUAAAAUAAUACACUGACCGAAAACUUCCCGGCGGCGGGGGGGGGGGUUGUUCUCCGGAAACAAUUUUUUCUGGAAAUUUUUUUUGGGAUAGGGGGCCCCCCAAAAAAUAUUUGCCCCGGGCCCCCGCCAACCUCUCUGCGGCACUGAUUCUUGUACUGGCGAUGACAACAAAUUUGACGGAAAUUUAAAGUAUUUGUGAUCAUUACAGGUAUAUUUGUGGCCUAUAGUUGGUUAAUUUGCGAUUUACGUGUACAUCCUCAAUAAACUAUGAACUUUCCUGCGAGCCGGCGAGCAUAAUUUGGCGGUAACGCAAUUUGGUUUCCGCCACAUGCAAUUUUGGACGCCUGUAAAAUACCCACGGACGUUGUCCAAAUGUGGUAGAAACACUUGCAAUAAAGUUUUGAGUCCAGUUUAGUCUUGUAGCGGAGGAUUUUUAGUAGAAUACUAAAAUUGUUUUUGUCUUCGCAGCUUAUGGAAUUGUUAUUCCUUUGUAGAUCAUGUAGAAAUAAUGACCCGAUAUACGAAGCAAUUCAAGGGGAAAAUAAAUGGGACUUAAACACUAAAUUUAGUGUGAAAGAUGUAAGAGCCUUAAUUCUCUGUAACUAUCCAUUUAGUUUUAAUGAAGCAUGUCUCAAAAAUGGCUAGUUUUUGCUUGACUCGUUUUGUAUUUUUGUGCCUGCAUGUGAGCAAAAUUUAUAACUUCACAAUGUGCUUGCAUGCAAAAAAAAAUACACAUAUUUUAGGUUUUCAAAACUAAACAUUGUUAAAAUGUCAGGAUUUUAACAAUGAACCACAAUAAAACUAUAGAACAUUUUUUAUGAACGAGUUACAAACAUUGUUUAAGGAAGCCAAUUACAAAAUAUGUUAAUUUUCAGUUGGUAUUUUUUAUAUAUUUUGUCUGAUUUUCAAAUAUACUGUGCUUCUUUUGCAGAAACUUGGAAAUAUUGACGACAACUUGGACGACCUAGAUGUUUCAGUUAAGGAUGAGCCAAUUUUAACUCAAGAAACUAAAGAUGGUUUAAACAACCUCGGGAACUCCAGUGUGGAUGAUAUUAACUUUGAACAGUUCUUUAACGAGGUAUAUUUGGUAUUCAUUAAAGGCACACUUCAUGCAGCCUUUUGAAUGAUGGUUUUUAAGGCGCAUUACAACCCUUUUAAUUGAAAAGAACUAACUGGGAAAAUCAAUUAAGCUUAAUUCGUAAUUGAUUUUCCUAGUUAGUUUUUUCAAUUAAAAGGGCUGUGCUUCGUUCGCACGUAUCAGUCUUUUGGUAUCCAAAUGCAGGCCUUAAAAUAUCUUUUACAGGACCGUCUGACAAAAUGUCCGAUGACGUUGAGUUCGGGUCGGACAUAUGUCCGAUGACCUUCAGUUCAGUUUUGACUCGGAAAUAAGUCUGAAUGACACAAAUUAAUAUCAGCACAAUGUAUUAAUUCUGAACGGUAAAUGUUGUGAAGAUACUAAAUAAUUUGUUUCUUUCAUACAUAUUUCCAAGCCAAAAUUAACUUGCUUUCCAGAACAGCAGUAUUAAAAAAGACUUCGACAACUUCAGCUCGUUUUCCACUUCACCAUUUCGCUCGCCAGUCGCCGCCCCGCCCUCAACUACGUUAAGACAUUUCCAGUUCACUUUUUAUACAAUAGUACUCUGAUUUUCAUUUAACAUACAAGCCUCUAGUCCUGGGCUAGGGUACAUUUUGAUUUACGUCUGACAAAGCUACAGUUUGGUCGGACACAAAUACACUUAGGUCGGACAAACAAGAAACCUCAGUUUCACUUGGGUUGGACAGAAUGUCCGGUGGUUUCCUCUCUACGUCGGACAAUUUAACGAAUGGGUCGGACAAUGUCCAUGACCGACCGAUAUUUUAAGGCCUGCCAAAUGAUGAACUUUUUAAACCAAUAGUCUAUCAUGAUAUAAUGCUUUGGAAACUAAACAGAAGUCGUUGUGGGUGCAAGGGUCCACUUUCAAUCCAAAUACCUGAUCUUUUAAAAUUACUUUUACAUUACCUAAAAGUAAUGUUUGAAAUUUAGUUGUGUUUUUUUUCAUGAGUACAUUCAUUAUAGCACAUGGGAUGAAAAUCAACUAAGUCCCCUAGAAAUUUACCCGAAACUAUCACUCAUGACAGGCCUUAAAAUAUCGGUCGGUUACGGACAUUGUCCGACCCAUUCGUGAAAUUGUCCGACGUAGAAAGGAAACCACCGGACAUUCUGUCCGACCAAAGUGAAACUGAGGUUUAUUGUUUGUCCGACCUGAGUGUAUUGGUGUCCGACCGAACUGUAGCUUUGUCCGACGGAAAUCAAAAUGUACCCUAGCCCAGGACUAGAGGCUUGUAUGUUAAAUGGAAAAUCAGAGCACUAUUGUAUAAAAGGUCAACUGGAAAUGUUGUUUUAACGUAGUCGAGCGCGGGGCGGCGAGCAAAAUGGUGAAGUGGAAAACGGGCUUAAGUUGUCGAAGUCUUUUUUAAUACUGCUGUUCUGGAAAGCAAGUCAAUUUUGGCUUGGAAAUAAGUAUGAAAGGAACAAAUUAUUUAAUAUCUUUACAACAUUUACCGUUUAUUCAUUUGUGUCAUUCAGACUUAUUGCCGAGUCAAAACUGAACUGAAGGUCAUCGGACAUAUGUCCAACCCAAAUUCAACGUCACCGGACAUUUUGCCAGACGGCCCUGUAAAAGAUACUUUAAGGCCUGCUCAUGAACAAGUAUUGGGGGGUGACGUGUUCCCCCCCCCCCUCCCCCGCACACACACACGGUCGCGACGGCCCUGGUCUUUGCCAUUGUAAGUAUAUGUAUGAUAAGGCAUAGUUGAAAAAAAAACAGUGCUAAUUACGGACUGACAACUUACGAAUUUUUCCCAUAAAGCGAACUUUCCGCAUCGUAUCAUAUAUAUUGACCAAAAUAAUGCAAUUUCCUUAGGAUAUUUACUAUGUAUUUUCCCUACACAGACACGAAAAGAUGUUGUCAACAAUACUCAAAUUGAUGAACUUCGGGUCAAGCUGAACGCAACAGGCAAUGUAAGUGAUAAUCGAGUUUUCUAGGUUGUACCACGGUUGUACUCGCUCCGUGAACGUCGGUGGCGCAGUGAUUUAUUCGUUUGAGAUGUCAUUUCAAAUCCUCCAAUUCGGAUUGGACUAGAUUUCAAGUCUUCGCAUUUGGAUCCAGUCCUCGGCUUGGACUCGGACGCAUAGCUCGGACGUGAUCAAAUUGCGCGGACUUGAAAUCUAGUCCAGUCCUCAUACACGGAUUUGAAAUAUUACGUAAUAAUGUAAUCGGUCACUGAAAAGCCCCGAUGGGAGUGAGCUGAAUUACCCUAAGGCCAAAAAAAAAAUAUGUGGGUUUCCGGUUUCUUCUUAUAAAAACUUAGGUAGAGUAGGUCGGUUUUAACUUUUUUUUUUAAACUUUUUUUUUAAUUUCCCGAAUAAGCGGACGCCAUUUUGUUUAGUCAGUGCUUCCACAUCCAAAGAUAAAUUUCCCUAAUAUUGCCUCAAAUUUCAAUUUUCCACAAACUUUUUCCUCUAAGUGGAAACACUUACAAGUAUGAUCCAAUAAAAAAGUUUAGGGUCGGGAUUUCGACGUCGAAAAGCUAGGUAGGGUCGGGAAACCGGAAACCCACAUAUUUUUUUUUUGGCCUAAUCACUUGCGAGAGGGUUUAUUGUGAUCUAAAGAUCUGGGCCCAGUUGUUCAAUGCUGGGUUAGUUUAACCCUGGGUUAACCUAAAAUUCAAAGCAAACUUCCUGACAAACUAAAACAGCAGGUUAAAUUUUAACCCAAGCUUAGCGCUAACCUACCUUUGAACAACCGGCCCCUGGGGCCGGCUGUUCAAAGGUGGGUUAGCGCUAACCCUGGGUUAAAAUUUAACCUGCUGUUUUAGUUUGUGUAUUUCUGCACGUCUGUUUAUUUCAAAAUUUCAGAGAAGGAAACUCCUAUCGAUUCAGACAAGAUCUCUGAAGAAACAUUUCCAGAUUCGUAGACAAGCUGUCAUGAAGUUUGCUUUGAAUUUUAGGUUAACCAGGGGUUAAGCUAAUCCAGCUUUGAACAACUGACCCCUGAACAUUACAAGCAGUUGAACAAUAAGGUUACGCAAAAUAUUGUGAUCAGGGCAGAAAAAAAGAAUUUUCUUUCUGGGAGCACAACCUGGAGACAAAAAUUUCCUGUAAACCAAUGGAGUAUUUUUGUGCUAAAUCUGCAUGUGUAUAAACAUAUAGUGUUCUAGCUGAUCAUGGUUUUAAAUUCAAGGAAUAAUGUCUGUCAACCAUAUGUUGUUGCGCUCAUGGUGGGACAUGGGUGUUAAGGUUUCCUUCAAAUUUUCAAUAGCAAAUCUUCAUUCAAACGAAAUUCCUGCAGCUGUUUAACAUUUCCUGCGAGCAGUGCUGGCGUGCUCGCCUAUUUUUUCCACCCCUGAUUGUGAUAUUCAGUUGCAGAUCAAGUUUUGCGGGCAAACGAGUUCAAAUAAACUAUUACCUCAUUUCAGUCCAAUGACUCAUUAUAAGCUUGCAUUAGACAGAGUAAAAUCCUUAUCUCAGCUAUGAGCAUUAUUUUCCUUGAGAAGUAUAGUCAGACGUGUCGGGUAUUAACGUGCUCUCUAUAUUUUUCAGGCUAGCUUGAUACAAAUAUCAAAAGACUUAGAGGACAUUCAAAAUGAAGCUAAAGCAAUGAAAGUUCUUUCAGUAAGUUGAUUGUUUUUUGUUUAUCGAUGAAUGUUUUUUGUUUAUUGUAUUUGUUUGUUUGUUUGUUUGUUUGUUUGUUUGUUUGUUUGUUUGUUUGUUUGUUUGUUUGUUUGUUUGUUUGUUUGUUUGUUUGUUUGUUUGUUUGUUUGUUUGUUUGUUUGUUUGUUUGUUUGUUUGUUUCUUAAAAUGUGUACUGAUAGUUUGAGAACUACCUUGGUUACACAUUCUUGUUUCUUCCACGCAUGCAAUUAGUACCAUGUCUAUGAACUAACACCUCAACUAUUUUUUUCAGAAUGAUUUGGAAAGUAACGUAGCAGAAUUAAAGCAGCUUGGAUCAAAUAUUUCGGUAUUUUUUAUUUUCAAUUUUUCUGAUUAGACUGCAAUUAGAUAUAGUUUAAAUACGAUCGCUAACUUAACAAGUUUUGUGGCAUCGCCAUCUCAGUUUUUGAACACAUGCAAUUAACCAGUGGUGGACACUAGGGGGGAGGGGGGCGAGGUAGGGGUGGGGGCAAAAGCACCCCCCUCCCCUCCCCAAUAAUUUCUGAAUGAAACUAACUAACUGUGCAACAAAACUAGAACAUACAAUAAUUUUUCAACCAAGAACGCAUUUGUAGGCUAUAAAUAAUUAAGUUGCAUGAAAUUUAAGGCUAAAAAAUUUAAAGGACUUUUCAAGAUACCAAAGGCGAUCGAUCAUAUGUUGGCAAACUAGUUCGUCUCCCCCAAUAUGUUGCAAAUUAAGUGUCCACCGCUUCAUGCAAUUAAAGCCUGGUUCACACUAGCAAUUUUGUCGGCGAUUUUGUGUUUCUGACGGAUGCAAAUGAGUGAAAUCGCACACAAAAGUAUAGAGUUGCUUUUCAGAGGUAAACAAAUUCUUAGUCUUUUGCAUAUCAUUCAUUCGAUCACAUUUGCCAGGAGGAGAAAAUCGCCGACAGAAUAGAUCUUUCCCCUUUUAAGUGAAAUUUUGAUCUAGACAAGUCUAGACAAAAAUUUCAUCACAGCUUGAAAGAGCAUCACAAAAUUAGUAAUAUUCCGAAGUUUCGUUGCGAAAUGUUGUAAAAUGCGGAUAAUAUAGCCCUGCGAAGUUUGCCGUUUUUCAGUCAUUUUGCAUUACAAACGGGAAAUUGAUAAUCAGAUGAUCAAAAUGAUUAUCAAUUUCCCAUUUGUAAUACAAAAUGACUGAAAAACGGCAAAUUUCGCAGGGCUAUAUUAUCCGCAUUUUACAAUAUUUCGCAACGAAACUUCGGAAUAUUACUAAUUUUGUGAUGCUCUUUCAAGCUGUGAUGAAAUUUUUGUCCAGACUUGUCUAGAUCAAAAUUUCACUCAAAAGGGGAAAGGUCUAUUGCUAGUGUGAACAAUGUACUAUUGAUCCUAAUUAUUACCACUAUACAUGCGCAAUUUGUUUUCAGACUCUUGCAAAUGAUACAUUGAUAAAGGCUGUGGAAGCAGAAAGCGAGUAUUCAAGUAAUGUAAAUGAUGUUGUCAACGGG